AUGGCCGGCCGCGGCGCCUCCCCCGCCGCGUCGGCCCCCGUCCAGGUGCGCUGCGCCGGCUGCCGCGGCGUGCUCGCCGUGGCUCCCGGCAUGACCGAGUUCAUCUGCCCCAAGUGCCGCAUGGCGCAGCGCCUCCCGCCGGAGCUCAUGCCGCCGUCCCCGCCCAAGGCCUCCCCGUCUCCGCCGCCCUCAGGCCCAACUCCGCCUCCACCACCUCCACCUUCGCUGCCUCCGCCGCCUCUGCCGCCGCCUCAGACUCAGCCAAUGCCGCACCCUCUGGCCCGCCGCUCUGCUCCCCGGGCGCAGGGCGUGGACCCCACCAAGAUCCAGCUCCCCUGCGCGCGCUGCAAGGCCGUCCUCAACGUGCCUCACGGCCUCGAGCGCUUCCGCUGCCCGCAGUGCGGCGUCGACCUCGCUGUCGACUUGUCCAAGCUCCGCCAUUUCCUUGCCUCUGCGGGCCCAGGCUUCGUCCCGCCUCCACUCCCGCCGCCACCGCCCCCUCCACCGCCAGUGCCAAUGCCAAUGCCUCACCUGCCCUUCCUGCCGAUGAUGCCACGCCUUCCAGUUCCAGUGCCCAUGCUGCCCAUGUUCCCUCCUGCUGAGCUACCUGAGGAGAUCAAUGAGGUUGCAGUUGAUGUUGAGCGUGAUGAAGAUGAAAGUGGCACUUUUGGAGAAACUUUCAUUGAUUAUAGACCUCCCAAGCUAUCUCUUGGUCUUCCUCAUCCUGACCCUGUAGUAGAAACAUCCUCCUUGUCAGCAGUGCAACCUCCUGAUCCUACUUACAAGUUGACUAUCAUGAAAGAAUUGGAUGAAACCAAUGCAUUAUCUUCCUUACAGAUUGAAGCAAUAGUGUAUGCUUGUCAGAGGCAUCUUCAUCAUCUUCCAACUGGAGCUAGAGCAGGUUUCUUCAUCGGUGAUGGAGCUGGUGUUGGUAAAGGACGUACCAUUGCCGGAUUGAUCUGGGAAAAUUGGCAGCAGGGAAGGCAUAAAGCUUUGUGGAUAUCAAUUGGUUCAGACCUGAAAUAUGAUGCUCGCAGAGAUCUGGAUGAUGUUGGUGCAAAAUGUGUGGAAGUGCACGCUUUAAAUAAGCUUCCAUAUUCUAAGCUAGACUCUAAAACCAUUGGGAUCACAGAUGGAGUUGUUUUUGUAACUUAUAGCAGCUUGAUAGCAUCCUCUGAGAACCGUUCCCGUUUGCAGCAGUUGGUACAGUGGUGUGGAUCUGAGUUUGAUGGUCUUCUGGUGUUCGAUGAGUGUCACAAGGCCAAAAAUCUGAUUCCUGAGGCAGGGAGCCAGCCCACACGCACUGGUAAAGCUGUUCUUGAGAUUCAGGAUAUGUUACCUCAAGCACGUGUUGUUUAUUGUUCAGCGACUGGUGCAUCUGAGCCUCGAAAUUUAGGUUAUAUGGUUCGGCUGGGUCUAUGGGGAGAUAGAACAUCGUUUGAGAAUUUUCACCAAUUUCUAGGUGCUCUUGAGAAAGGAGGUGUGGGUGCUCUUGAACUUGUUGCUAUGGACAUGAAAGCCAGGGGAAUGUAUGUUUGCCGUACUCUAAGUUAUAAGGGUGCUAACUUUGAUGUUCUGGAAUCACUUCUGGAGGAAAGAAUGAUGAAUAUGUAUAGAAAGGCAGCUGCACUUUGGGUUGAACUGCGUGUUGAACUCCUAUCAGCCAUUGAAUAUUAUGCAGAAGAUAAAGUCAAUUCAGCUCAAAUAUGGCGGCUAUACUGGGCCAGUCAUCAGCGUUUCUUUAGGCAUAUGUGUAUGUCUGCAAAGGUACCUGCUGUUGUGAGAUUGGCAAAAGAAGCCUUAGCAGAAGAAAAAUGUGUGGUGAUUGGUCUCCAGAGCACUGGAGAAGCUCGAACAGAGGAAGCUGUUGCUAAAUAUGGCAUUGAAAUGGAUGAUUUCGUUUCUGGUCCUAGAGAGCUUCUUCUUAAGCUGGUAGAAGAUAAUUAUCCUUUGCCUCCAAAGCCUGAUUUUUUUGAACAAGAAAAAGUCCAGGAGUUUCAGCACAAGCGGCAUGGAUCUGAUAUGUCCUUGAAAGGGCGAGUUAGUAAACUUGGAAAAAAGGAAGAUGUGAGAGAAGAUGGAGGUGAUGAGUACCCUGCACCAGAGUCAGAUCAUGAAUCAACAGAAUCUGAUGAGGACUUCUAUAUGUGUCAGAUUUGCAACACUGAGGAGGAGAAAAGCUUGUUGCUUUAUUGCUCUAUUUGUGCUUCACGGGUUCACCCUGGUUGCCUCACUCCACCUUGGACUGAAAUUGUGACUGAUGAUUGGACAUGUUAUGGUUGCAAGGAGAAAGUAGAAAGCUACUUAAAAGAAAGAGAUGCUUACUUGACUGAACUCUCAAAGAGGUAUGAUGCUGCAUUGGACAGAAAGUCAAAGAUUCUUGACAUAAUCCGCUCCUUGGAUUUACCUAGUAAUCCUUUAGAUGAUAUCAUCGAUCAGCUUGGUGGUCCUGACAAUGUUGCAGAAAUAACUGGACGACGUGGUAUGCUAAUAAGAGCAUCAGAUGGAAAAGGUGUUAUUUACCAGGCGCGGAACACGAAAGAAGUUGCAUUGGACAUGAUCAAUAUGCAUGAAAAGCAGCAGUUCAUGGAUGGAGAAAAGAAUGUUGCCAUAAUAUCAGAAGCAGGAUCAGCUGGUGUUUCUCUACAUGCUGAUCGAAGAGCAAAAAAUCAGAGGAGAAGAGUGCACAUAACACUAGAGCUUCCUUGGAGUGCAGACCGUGCAAUUCAGCAGUUUGGGAGAACUCAUCGUUCUAAUCAAACUUCUGCACCUGAAUAUAGAGCUGGACCAUCACUUAGCGCCUUUAACUAUGACAGUAAUUAUGGAAAGAAAGCCCUGACAAUGAUGUACAGAGGAAUAAUGGAACAGGAUGCCUUUCCUGUUGUGCCUUUUGGAUGCUCUGAGAAUCAAGCUACUCUUGAAGAGUUCAUCACUAAAGCAAAAGCUGCUUUAGUGUCAGUUGGAAUUAUUAGGGAUCCUAUAAUGUGCAAUGGAAAAAAUGGUGGAAAGCUUACUGGUAGGAUUCUUGAUUCUGAUAUGCAUGAUGUUGCCCGUUUCCUUAAUCGUAUUCUGGGAUUGUUUCCAGACAUCCAGAAUAGAUUAUUUGAUCUUUUCACAAGCAUACUUGAUAUAGUGAUUCAGAAUGCACGAAUUGAAGGGCAACUUGAUUCUGGCAUUGUUGAUAUCAAAGCUAAAAGUGUUGAAAUGAAAGACUCACCAAAGACUGUUCAUGUUGAUACUGUGUCUGGUGCUAGUACAGUAUUAUAUACUUUUACAGUUGACCGUGGAGUUUCUUGGGAAUUAGCAAAUGCAAUACUUGAAGAAAGGCUGAAAGAUAAAGCAAAUUCUUCUAGUGAUGGAUUCUAUGAGUCCAGAAAAGAAUGGAUGGGGAGAAGACACUUUAUGCUAGCUUUUGAAGGUUCAGCUGAAGGAUUGUACAGAGUAAUUCGUCCGGGUGUCGGGGAGGCUUCAAGGGAAAUGCCUUUGGUUGUGCUUAAAAGCAAGUACAGGAAGGUCUCAUCUGUUGACAAAAUUAGUAAAGGCUGGCAAGAAGAGUAUGACUCUUCAUCCAAACAGUGUAUGCACGGGCCAAAAUGCAAACUUGGAAGCAAUUGCACAGUAGGCAGAAGGUUGCAGGAGAUUAAUGUAUUGGGUGGUCUAAUACUUCCUGUAUGGGGUGCAGUAGCAAAGGCACUAGCUAAGCAGGUGCGACUGAUUCACAAGAGAAUACGUGUUGUCCGUUUGGAGACAACAACUGACAACAAGCGGUUCGUUGGACUUAUUAUUCCAAAUUCUGCAGUGGAGUCGGUACUCGAAGGUUUGCAAUGGGUUCAAGAUAUUGACGAUUGA